CUGAGUGGAGGACACACACAUACACACACACAGAAAAAGAAAAAAAAAAAAAGAGAGAAGGAUGAAGGGAGGGAGGUGGCAACAGAAAAAAUGAAGUCAGAGAAUGAAGGAAUGAUCCUGCAUAUGAAGCUGGUGUAUGUGAAAUGCACCAGUCGGAGCAUUUUCAUCCACCGUCAAGAUGUUUAUCCCCUGGGAGAAGAGUGUGUGUUGAGUUGUGUGUGUGUGUGUGUGUGUGUGAGGAUCAACAUGACUCAGUGGUGGGCUCUGCUCAUCAUUGUUUACCUGUCCAUGUACCUGGCAGCCUCUCAGCACCACAGGAAAGCUCUGUAUCCAUCUGCGUACAGGAUAAGGCGUGGGGCGUACUCCCUUAUCGACCCCACGUUCCAGCGUUCUGCAGAGGACGUCAACCUGCUUUUUGAGAUCCUGCUCGCCGGAAUGCAGAUCCAAGGUGGUGAAAACAACAUGCUGAUACCAGAUGAGGAGCUGGCGUCCCUGAGGAGCGUGGAGAAGCUCGAGGUCAUCUGCGAGGACGUGCUGCCCAAGAGGCUCUCGGACAUUCGCCGGCUGACGGUGGAGCUCGGCCAGCGGCGGGGGCGGCCUCUGAGCUGGCAGGACUUUGAGAGGACGGUGCUGACCCUGGUGUACGCCACCCAGACGGUGGCUCGGGUCGGCAGCCAGCAGCAGAGGGAGGCGUGGACGGACGCCGCCGUGCAGCUGUUUAAAGCUGUUCAGAAGGACCUCAGACCCUCUUGAGGAAGAGUCAGAAUAUGACAUUUUUGUUGGGAUUUCAAUCUUUUAUGGACACCUACAGUCAUGGAAAGAAUUAUUAGACCACCCUUGUUUUCUCUCAUUUCUUUUUCAUUUUAAUGCCUGGUACAACUAA